AUGAAUAUGUCGUCGUUUGAACCGUCAAUGUCGACCAGCCGCCCUCCACUGGGCAGCCAGUCGCUCGCCGACACGCUCCCGAAAGUCAACUUCGGCUUCGACGAGCUGCGCGAGCGCAUGGCCCGCUUCACAGCCAAGUUCGACGCUUUCAUCGAGCAGGGACGCAAGCGUGUGCUAGAGGAGAGAAACGAGUUCCGCAUGAACAUUGCUGAGCUUCAGGAGGACCAGCGCAUGAAGAAAAAGGACAUCGAAAUCAUCCAGCUCAAGACAAACACCUACCAACAAACCAUUGCCAAAGAAGCCGCAGAGACACGCGAAAUGCAGCAAGCGAUCGAGCAGCUCACGCAACAGCGCGACAGACAACUAGCCCAGCGCGACGCGCUGAAAGAGCAGAUCGCUGCAGCGCAACGUGAGAUUGAUGCGCGACUUGCCGCGCAGCGGGCACACGCCGCUCGGCUGGAGGAACAAGCUCGCUACAACGUGCCCGAGCUUGAUUUCUGGGUGACGAACCUGUGUCUGCGCAUCGAGGGUGCUGGCGCGCCAGACAGGUUGAAGUUUGUUUACACGCAUAUCGAUGAGCGCGAUUGGGAUCGCGAGGCUUGGUUUGAGCUGUGCAUGGGCGGUCGAGAUUACAAUGUGAAGCAUUGCAGGCCGAAGCUGGAGAGGGAGAAGGUUGAGAAGGUGCUGGAGAGAGUGAAUGAGACGAGGGAGUUGGUCGUACUGCUGAAGGGUAUGAGGGAGCUCUUUGUUGAGGUUAUGAGGGCUUGA